AUGGCCGACUUCCAAAGCAUUGCUCAGCAGUUCGUGCAGUUCUACUACAACACCUUCGACACCAACCGUGAAACCCUGGCUGGUCUCUACCGCAAUGAGUCCAUGCUGACUUUCGAGACCUCCUCGAUGAUGGGUGUCCAGCCCAUCAUGGAGAAGCUGCUGGGCCUUUCCUUCCAGAAGGUCCGCCACGAGAUCGCCACUCUCGAUGCCCAGCCCUCCGUCAACAGCAGCAUCAUCGUCAUGGUCACCGGUGCUCUUCUGGUCGACGAGGAGGCCAGACCCAUGAACUACACCCAGACUUUCACCCUUAGCCCCGAUGGCUCUGGAAGCUACUUCGUCUACAACGACAUCUUCCGUCUGAUUAUGGGUUAA